GCCCACACAUCUGCCCCAUCGUUGCAGGGAACCCUCACCAUCCCCAGACAGGUGAUGGUGUUCAUCAGCAGGAAGAGUCGCUGUUGCAGGGAGCCAGGGAAUCUCCUAAGCAGAGAGUCCUCAAAAGGGGCCGUGCCGUCCUUCCUUGAGAGCAGCCAGCCUUCAAUAAGUUUCCACCACGGCCUACUUUUCAGUAUGGGAUCCAAGUUUUAAUUUCACGCAGGUAGAGGUCUGUGUUGAUGCCGUGGGCCAGUGCGCAGGAGCUGGGCUUCUGCUCUCCAGCAAUCCUUAAGUAAGCGUUCCUCGAGUGGCCCAGGGGGCUUUCCAGGCGGGUGUGGGUGUCUGAGCUCCUCAGCCUCUCUGCUGCAAUAUCCAGGGGUGCGUCCCCCCUUUUCCGAUUCUUGACGUCAAGCUCUGACAGCGCGAAGCCUCGCAAGGGCGGUGGAGAGCAGAGGGAUGGUGGCAGGGAGGGGAAGCCAUUGCAGCAACAGCUUGUGGGAGGGAGCUGGACGUCUCUAGGUGGAGAAAAACCGGGAGCGAGGGCCAGAGUAGGGGAGGAAGGAGACCUGCCGGUUUAGGGAGCCUCUUGCUGCAAAGAGGGGCGGGGAGAGGCGGGGGCGCUGCAUGCAACGCGCUGGCUCCAGCGGUGCCCGCGGGGAAUGUGACAUCAGCGGCGCCGGGCGCUUGCGGCUGGAGAAGGCAGCUCGCCUCGGCUGCGCGGUGCACACCUCGCCCGGGGGAGGACGCGGACCCCGGCAGGCGGCCGGGAUGUCGGCGAAGGAGAGGCCAAAGGGCAAAGUGAUCAAGGACAGCGUGACCCUCUUGCCCUGCUUCUAUUUCGUGGAGUUGCCUAUAUUGGCAUCAUCGGUGGUUAGCCUGUAUUUCCUUGAACUCACAGAUGUCUUCAAACCUGUGCACUCUGGAUUUAGCUGCUAUGAUCGGAGUCUUAGCAUGCCAUAUAUUGAACCAACCCAAGAGGCAAUUCCAUUCCUCAUGUUGCUUAGCUUGGCUUUCGCCGGACCUGCAAUUACGAUUAUGGUAGGGGAAGGAAUUCUCUACUGUUGCCUGUCCAAAAGAAGAAAUGGUGUUGGACUGGAGCCCAACAUUAAUGCCGGAGGCUGCAACUUCAACUCCUUCCUUAGAAGAGCCGUCAGAUUUGUUGGCGUUCAUGUGUUUGGACUGUGCUCUACAGCUCUCAUUACAGAUAUCAUACAGCUCUCCACAGGCUAUCAGGCGCCAUACUUUCUAACCGUGUGCAAGCCAAACUACACCUCCCUGAAUGUGUCUUGCAAAGAAAAUUCCUACAUUGUGGAAGAUAUUUGCUCAGGAUCUGACCUUACAGUGAUCAACAGUGGCAGAAAAUCAUUCCCUUCUCAACAUGCGACCCUCGCUGCCUUUGCUGCUGUGUACGUUUCGAUGUACUUCAAUUCCACAUUAACGGAUUCCUCUAAGCUUCUGAAACCUCUCUUGGUCUUCACAUUUAUCAUCUGUGGGAUCAUCUGUGGGCUAACACGGAUAACUCAGUAUAAGAACCACCCAGUUGAUGUCUAUUGUGGCUUUUUAAUAGGAGGAGGAAUUGCUCUGUACUUGGGCCUGUAUGCUGUGGGAAAUUUUCUGCCUAGUGAAGAGAGUAUGUUUCAGCACAGAGAAGCCCUCAGGUCUCUGACAGACCUCAACCAAGACCCCAGCAGAGUAUUAUCUGCUAAAAAUGGCAGCAGCAGUGAUGGAAUUGCUCACACAGAAGGCAUCCUCAACCGAAAUCACAGAGAUGCCAGCUCACUGACAAACCUCAAAAGGGCAAACGCUGAUGUAGAAAUCAUCACUCCACGGAGUCCCAUGGGGAAGGAGAACAUGGUUACCUUUAGCAAUACCCUACCUAGAGCCAACACCCCAUCCGUAGAAGACCCUGUCAGACGAAAUGCCACCAUUCAUGCCUCUAUGGAUUCUGCUCGAUCAAAGCAGCUUCUCACCCAGUGGAAGAAUAAGAAUGAAAGCCGCAAGUUGUCCCUGCAAGUUAUAGAGACUGAGCCUGGACAGUCACCACCCAGAUCCAUAGAAAUGAGGUCAAGCUCAGAGCCCUCCAGAGUAGGGGUGAAUGGAGACCACCAUCCUCCCAGCAAUCAGUACCUCAAGAUCCAGCCUGGCACUGUCCCCGGAUGUAACAAUAGCAUGCCUGGAGGACCAAGAGUGUCCAUCCAGUCCCGCCCUGGGUCCUCGCAGUUAGUGCACAUCCCCGAGGAGACGCAGGAAAACAUAAGCACCUCUCCCAAAAGCAGCUCUGCUCGGGCCAAGUGGUUGAAAGCUGCAGAGAAGACCGUGGCCUGUAAUAGAAGCAACAGCCAGCCCCGAAUAAUGCAAGUAAUAGCAAUGUCCAAGCAGCAGGGUGUCCUGCAAAGCAGCCCCAAGAACACCGAAGGCAGCACUGUCUCCUGCACUGGCUCCAUCCGCUACAAAACCUUGACAGACCACGAACCCAGUGGGAUCGUAAGAGUUGAGGCUCACCCGGAGAACAACAGGCCCAUCAUACAGAUCCCAUCUACCGAAGGCGAAGGUAGUGGCUCCUGGAAAUGGAAAGCCCCUGAAAAGGGCAGCCUUCGCCAAACUUACGAGCUCAACGAUCUCAACAGGGACUCAGAAAGCUGUGAGUCCCUGAAAGACAGUUUUGGCUCUGGAGAUCGCAAGAGAAGCAACAUAGAUAACAAUGAGCAUCACCACCAUGGAAUCACCACUAUCCGUGUCACCCCAGUAGAGGGCAGUGAAAUUGGUUCAGAGACGCUCUCUGUUUCUUCUUCCCGCGACUCUACCCUGCGGAGAAAGGGCAACAUCAUCUUAAUCCCUGAAAGAAGUAACAGCCCGGAAAACACGAGAAAUAUCUUCUACAAGGGAACCUCCCCAACACGGGCUUAUAAGGAUUGAGUGAUGGGAUUCAAUCCCUUGAGCGACCCCCCCCCC